UUUCCUUUGGCCCAUUCUCACCGUACUAUAAACAGCAGCAGAAGCUGGCAACUUCAAAGGUUGUUCAGGAACCCCUCUGAAGCUCUGCUUUUCAUCAAGACUUCUACUUCAUUAAUGGCUUUGUCUAGCCCACAACUUCGGAGGUUUCUCUUAAACCACAGGGGAUACUGCAACUACGAAUUGAACAACAAGGCCACAAAAAACACCGUCGCGGUUAAGGGUGGGGGAGGCAGAUGCUGCUCAGCCAUUGCAAUUGAUGCCCCAUCUUCUUUGACAGGUGUUUCCAGCAUUAGAUGGGGUUCUUCCCUUGUACAAGGUGUCCGCGAAGAGAUGGAGGAUGAUGUCAUUAUUGUUCGGUCAGAGGAUCUUGCUGGCUUCUCUUAUGCAGCUGUUUUCGACGGCCAUGCUGGUUUCUCUUCUGUCAAAUUUCUCAGAAAUGAGUUGUACAAAGAAUGCGUGGCAGCAUUACAAGGUGGACUUUUACUGAGGGAGAAGGGGUUUGACACAGUAAAGAAGGCGUUAGAAGAGGCUUUUGAAAGUGCUGAUAUGAAACUCUUGAACUGGCUUGAGACGAGCGCUGAGGAGAGGGAUUCUGGCUCAACAGCUACUGUGAUCCUAAUUGGAGAUGAUACAUUGUUCAUCUCUCACGUUGGUGACUCAUGCGUGGUGCUGUCACGAUCUGGAAAAGCAGAAGUGUUAACCAGUUCUCAUCGUCCAUAUGGAAGCAACAAAGCGUCUCUCGAAGAAAUCAGGCGUAUCAGAGAAGCAGGUGGAUGGAUAAGCAAUGGCAGAAUUUGUGGAGACAUUGCAGUGUCACGUGCUUUUGGUGACGUGCGGUUUAAGACCAGGAAGAAUGAGAUGCUGGAGAAGGGAGUUGAGGAAGGCAGGUGGUCCCAAAAGUUCAUUUCCAGGAUACAAUUUACUGGAGACUUGGUUACAGCAUGUCCUGAUGUUUCCCAAGUUGCUUUGGAAUCAGAUGCUGAAUGUGUAAUAUUAGCAUCUGAUGGAUUGUGGGAUUACGUAAACAGUUCAGAUGCAGUUGAUUUUGUUAGAAAUCAACUUCGAGAACAUGGAGAUGUGCAGAGAGCUUGUGAAGCCCUUGCUCAGACGGCACUGGAACGAGGGUCACAAGAUAACAUCAGCAUUGUGGUUGCUGAUUUAGGACGGACCGACUGGGCAAGCGUGCCUCUCCGGCAGCAAAAUUUGGUAUAUGAGUUGGCCCAAGCUUUGGCUACAAUUGGCGCAGUUUCAAUUGGGAUAUGGAUGACAUCUCAACUCAACUUGUAAAAUGAAAUGAAAUUAUCCACGCCUGUAUUGUAUAUUCCAACUGCUAAAUCCAAACUAACCCUUGACUCGUUUGGCUUAUUAUACUUAUACGGAGUAAUUACUUUUUUGCCUAAUACUUGUGUAGAUAUAAGAGAAUGAUCCUACUCCCUAGCAAGAAUUGGAAUCCCAUUUUCUAAGACCAUAUUACAUACA